UGCGACGAUGACCCAUAGGCAUCGUCAUCUACAUAAGCAGCGAAUCAAUAGCAAUCGAAAACCCACAGUUGUGGAGUGAGACUGAGACUGAGAUGAAGCGCUUGUCAUUGCUCAUUUUGUUCUUCUGCGUCGCCACCGUAGCAGCUUCCAUCUUCGAUGACUCCAACCCUAUCCGUUUGGUGUCGGACUUGGAAUCGCAUUUCCUCCACGUGAUCGGACAAAGCCGCCACGCGCUCUCCUUCGCACGCUUCGCUUGCAAGUACGGCAAGCGCUACCACUCCGACGACGAGAUCAAGCACCGAUUUCAGAUCUUCUCCGAUAAUCUCCUACUCAUCAGAUCCAUCAACAAGAAGCCACUCACUUACACUCUCGCCGUUAAUCAUUUCGCUGACUGGACUUGGGAGGAGUUCACCAGACACAGACUCGGCGCGGCUCAAAAUUGCUCUGCCACCCGUAAAGGUAGCCACAAGCUUACCGAUGCUGUUCUUCCUCAGGAGAAAGACUGGAGGAAAGAAGGUAUAGUCAGCGAAGUUAAGGAUCAAGGGCACUGUGGAUCUUGCUGGUCAUUCAGCACAACUGGAGCAUUGGAGGCAGCGUACGCGCAAGCUUUUGGAAAGAAUAUCUCUCUCUCUGAGCAGCAGUUAGUGGAUUGUGCUGGUGCUUUCAAUAACUUUGGUUGUAAUGGUGGGUUGCCGUCCCAAGCCUUUGAAUACAUUAAAUACAAUGGUGGCCUUGAGACAGAGGAUGCAUAUCCAUAUACUGGAAAAGAUGGUGUCUGCAAAUUUGCUGGUGAAAACGUUGCUGCUCAAGUCAUUGACUCUGUCAACAUUACCUUGGGUUCUGAGGAUGAAUUGAAACAUGCAGUUGCUUUUGUUCGGCCAGUUAGUGUGGCAUUUGAGGUGGUGAGUGGCUUCCAAUUCUACAAGAAAGGAGUGUACACUAGUAACACUUGUGGCAGCAAGCCCAUGGAUGUGAAUCAUGCUGUUCUUGCUGUUGGGUAUGGAGUUGAAGAUGGUAUUCCAUACUGGCUCAUUAAAAAUUCAUGGGGAAAUGACUGGGGUGACAAUGGCUACUUCAAGAUGGAAUUGGGGAAGAAUAUGUGCGGUGUUGCAACUUGUGCGUCUUAUCCUAUUCUGGUUUAAAUUGUACGAGAUGUGGUGCCCGACAGGAUGCGCUUGUACCUUCCACCUUGCACGUCAUGCUUUCGUGUUGCCGUCUUAGAAGGUGAAAUGUUGUAAUGUGAUAGAUAAUUGCAAGUAGAUGUCGAUGUUAUCUGUAAAAUAAGUUUGGACUAGGGAUGCCCCAUCCUCAUUGAUGCCGAACCACUUUACAAAAUCAGUGUAAAUCGUGUGUCGCAUAGAGUGUUAGAGAAUAUAAACUCUUCAGCAAUUUAAACAUACAGUGUGCGGGGUGCAAACCUGUGAACACGAAGUUAUCUUCUGUACCGAUGAAAUAAACUUUGCUUGGUUACU